ACGUGCGUGCGUGCAUGCGCACGCGCGUGUGUAUGCGCGUGUGUGGUAGGAGAACGAAAGUAGCACGAGCAGAGAAACUUGGGAGUCUUUGAGCUAUUUUCACAAGAGGCUGGAGCUGGAGCUGGCGAGGUGUUUUGGAAAGAAGCGUUCAGCUGUACAGAGGACUAGCCUGCUCUUUCUAAACGAUGGGAUUCCACAGCGCCAUCGGCGUGUUCAUCACCACCCUCAGUGUUUUUACUUCAGCUUUGGGCGCGAGCAGCUAUUACUGUGAAGACCCACUGCUGUCAUCGCUUCCCUCGGCCUCCUUUCAGAGUUCAUCAAGGUCGUCUGACAGCCACUCACCACACUUUGUAAAACUCCACAGCAGAGAUGGUUCUGGUGGAUGGUCUCCAGACAGUGAGGACCGACGUCCCUGGCUGCAGUUGGACCUAAGAGAUCGCUUGGAGGUGACAGCGGUGGCCACGCAGGGCCGAUGGGGCAGCGCAGACUGGGUGAGCAGCUACCAGCUGCAGUACAGUGACUCAGGCAGGACAUGGAGAUCCUACAGACAAGACAACAUGCCAUGGACGUUUUCAGGGAACACAGACAUGGACUCGGUGGUCCAGCACAAGCUUCUCCACUCCAUCAGGACUCGAUUUCUACGACUUUUGCCCCUGGAAGGAAAUCCCACAGGAGGAAUAGGGCUCAGACUGGAGAUCUAUGGCUGCAGUUACAAGUCAGAUGUGGCAGACUUUGACGGGCACAGCGCUCUGCUGUACCGCUUUAAUCAGAAAUCCACGAGCACAGUGAAGAACGUCAUCUCAGUGCGCUUCCGGAGCAGGCAAGCCAAUGGUGUUCUGCUGCAUGGAGAAGGCCAGAGAGGAGACUACAUCACCCUGGAGCUCCAGAGAGGGAGACUUACUCUGCAUCUUAACCUGGACGAUGCUAAACCCCAGUCCAGCGCUAGACACACUUCUGUGAUGUUAGGCAGUCUGCUGGAUGACCAUCUCUGGCAUUCUGUCCUCAUAGAGCGUUUCAACAAGCAGGUGAACUUCACCGUAGACAAAGACACACAGCACUUUCGCACGCAAGGUCUGGAGGACUCUCUGGAGGUAGACUAUGAGCUUAGUUUUGGAGGCAUUCCUCUGCCAGGCAAGCCCGGGACAUUUUUGCGGGAGAAUUUCCACGGCUGCUUGGAGAACCUCUACUACAACGGAGUCAACAUCAUUGACAUGGCCAAAAGACGCAAACCUCAGAUCUACACUGUGGGUAACGUGACUUUCUCAUGCUCUGAGUCACAGCCGGUGGCUGUAACGUUUUUAAGUGCCAUCAAUAGUUUUCUGGUUUUGCCGACUGAUUGGGCAGCAGAAGGUCUGUCCAUAAGGCUCCAGUUCCGCACCUGGAAUCAGGAUGGCCGUUUGCUUACUGUCCCACUGAGUCAGGGCCCGAAGUCAUCGUCUCUCAUCCUGCAGCUCAGUGGGGGGGUUUUCCUGCUCACCGUGAGAGGAAUCCCACAAGGCAUGGCUCAAAUCAGCACUGGUUCGAGUUUGUGUGAUGGACAGUGGCAUUCGUUGGCAGUAGAGGUCAAAGGUCAGCACGUCUAUCUGACUGUCGACAUUCAGACGCCAGUGGUUAUGGACAUUACUCAGCUCACCAACAGCUUACAGAGAACAAGUGUUAUAUUUGGAGGCUGCCCUGUAUCGCACUAUGACCUUGGCUGUGAGAAACCUCAAACAGGAUAUCAGGGAUGCCUUCGUCUCAUCUUUAUCAACAACCAACCUAUCAACCUUAGCAGAAUUCAACAAGAGAAGCAAGCAAACUUCAGCGAGCUCAGCUUUGACAUCUGCAGUAUCCGUGACAGAUGUGUACCGAAUUUCUGUGAACAUGGAGGAGUUUGCUACCAGUCUUGGGACCAUUUCUAUUGCAACUGCUCCGGAACGGGCUACAUGGGCACAACCUGCCAUAACCCAAUAUAUGAGCGAUCGUGUGAAGCAUACAGAAAUACAGCAAGUCCUUCCGGUAUUUUCACCAUUGAUCCUGAUGGCAGCGGUCCCUUGGAGCACACACAAGUGAACUGUACAAUUGCACAGGACAAAUUGUGGACAGUUGUAGGCCACGAUCACUUACAGCCUGUUAGCGUUCAAGGAUCUACUCCCAGAAGCCCCUAUGUCCUCAUUUUCAACUACUCAAUCUCGCCUUAUCACAUCCGCUCCCUGGUGGCAUCGGCAGAACGUUGCCAGCAGGAAGUGACAUAUCGCUGCAGGAAGUCUCGCCUCUUUGACACCUGGGAUGGCACUCCUCUGUCUUGGUGGCUGGACAGGGACGGUGUUAAGAGAACAUACUGGGGAGGUUCUCUGCCUGGAGUACAGCAAUGCUCCUGUAGCCUGGAAGGCAACUGCAGGGACAUGAACUACUUCUGCAACUGUGAUGCCGACCAGGAAACAUGGGUGAAUGAUACCGGCCUGUUGUCUUACAAAGACCAUUUACCGCUUAGCGAGAUCGCCAUCGGAGACACAAACAGAACAGGCUCGCAGGCGCUCUUUCAGAUCGGACCUCUGCGCUGCUCUGGCGAUCGAUUUUUGUGGAACUCUGCCUCCUUUUUUUUGGAGUCCUCAUAUCUGCAUUUCCCUACACUGCAAGCUGAGUUGAGCAUAGACAUCUCCUUUUAUUUUAAGACCGGAGCUCCUUCUGGUCUUUUCCUUGAGAAUGUAGGAGUACAAGACUUCAUCAGGUUGGAAUUGAGCUCUCCAUCAGCAGUCACGUUCACCUUUGACGUUGGUGAUGGCCCGGUGGUUUUGGUAGCCAGGUCGCCGAUGGGUCUGAACGACAGGCAGUGGCAUUAUGUACGAGCAGAAAGAAAUGUGAAAGAGGCAUCGCUGCAGGUCGACCUGCUGCCCCUUCAAAUCAUUGAAGCAGCCACUGAAGGACAGCACAGACUCCAGCUCAACAGCCAGCUCUUUGUUGGAGGAGCACCUACCACUCAAUGGGGCUUCCUAGGGUGCCUCCGUGCACUCAGUAUCAACGGGAUGACCUUCGACCUUCAAGAACGUGCUAAGAUGACGCCCGGCAUGAAUUCAGGUUGCCCGGGUCACUGCAGCAGCGAGAGCCUAUGCCAUAAUGGAGGAAGGUGUUUGGAGAACAGGAAUAGCUACAUAUGCGACUGCACACACACAGCAUUUACAGGAGCCAACUGCAAAACAGCUAUCUCUGCAUCCUUUGAGAGAGGGACGUCUGUAACGUAUGCCGUUCAGGAACCAUUUUCUGUAAUGAGGAACCAGGAACCAAAACAACUGCCAAGGAACAAACACUCGGACAUCGUUAGAUCCCGGGAGAAUGUGGCAUUUGGGUUCCUGACAAAACAUGCGCCAGCUUUGCUCUUGUCCGCUCAGUCCCAUGACCAGCGCUACAUGGCAAUUACCCUGACCCAAAAUGGCAGUUUGCAGAUCUGGUACAGGCUGAACCAGGAGACGGGUCCAGACAUGUUCAGUCUUAAACCUGCCAAUCUAGCUGAUGGACGGUUCCACUGGGUCAGAAUAAAUUGUGAUGGAAAUCAGCUUCAUGUCCAGAUCGAUAACACAGUGAUGCAGCAGUUCAGUCUGUCUCCUGGUUCUCCACUCGCUCCGGUGAGGAUUUUAACUCUGGGGAGAAUCCGAGGAAGUGACAUCACUGACGAGGAAGUGGUGCGUGCGGGAUUGAGAGGAUUCGUCGGCUGUCUUUCCUCUGUCCAGUUUAAUCAAGCUGCCCCUUUAAAAGCAGCACUCCAAAACAGAGGAAGUUCAGCAGUCAGCGUACACGGCCGGCUGGAGGAGUCAGACUGUGGGGCUAAAUCAAGCACAAACACUCACAUUACCACCCACACAGGCUCAGGAGAUGAAUCAUCAAAAUCAGACCGAGGUAAAGCACCUCUGACAAAAGGGGCGCAGAGUGACUCAGCACUAAUUGGAGGAAUCGUGGCUGCCAUCGUGUUUAUGACGCUCUGCGUGUUGGCUGUGUUGAUCCGCUUCCUCUACCAACACAGGGAACCCCGACCUCCGCCUGCCAUCGCCGUAAAGAGUAAAAGACCCAGCCUGGAUGUAGAACCGUCCAAACCGAGCCAUGUUGGCAAGGAGUACUUCAUCUGACAGAAAUUUUGCUUCUGUUGCAUAAGCUGCAGAAAUAAUAUUAUUCGACAGCUGUGCACACGAGUGCCCGACCCGAGCCUUCCGACACUUCUGUGCCAUCUUUUAAUCCAGACCUCCUCUCCUGUCUGAUGCAGCUGCUGAGUUCUGAUCCAAGCUGGACAGGAAGUCAGGGUCUGUAUGCAGUUUACGCUUAUGUGAAAGAAGAGACUAUUUUGAAAACAAAAAAAAAAUAUAUGACGAGGAAAUAAUCCGAAUCUGUAUGACAUACUGUGUGCUGUUUGAUAACAAAGAGACACAAUCAAAUCCAGCACCUUAUACACGACCGUCUCAAGUAAAAACCAGAGACAGGACACAAGAUGGUCUGCUUAAUCCAACCCUGUUAGACUCAGCACAGGCUUUGUGUUUUGUCACUUACUCUAAUCUCAUGCACUCUGAUAUCACUGAGGAGGAUACUUCCUUCUCAGUUUUAUUCACUGUGCGGAAAAAUCCCCUGUCUCUUGUCAUGUCAAAACAUAUCUGUAAUGAGGAUUUGACAAAUUCAGACAAUCAGCUCAAACAAGAGACCAACCGUAAACAAUGGCGGAUUAGCUCUGGUGUUCAAUCAGCACUAGCAAGAGAUCAAUGGCGAAAGCUUUGUGUCUGUCCAUGGCUGCAUGUCGGGAACGUUCAUCCGAUCAGGUUUUGCGGCCUUAAUGCAGCUAAAUCCGUUACCCAGUGAGUCUACAGAAUGAAGGUCUUCAAUGAAGUGCAUUAUAUUACCUGACAGUGAAAACAACCCUGUCAUGCCCCCCUGAGACAAUACCACGCUUUCUUACUGAAAUUGAUUUCUUUUGGUCAGGGGUUCAGUUUUCUAUAUGGCUAUUGUUGUAUAUGACUGUUUAUCUAUUUCAUAAAUAUAUUUAAUAAAAAGAGCUGUUUUCAUAGCC